GCCGUGUACCACGUGCUUUUUUUUGAUGUUUUGGCGGGUUGGCGGUUUCGUUGAUAUGGCGCACCUUAAGAUCGCGUGAGCGUCGCAUCGUUUACCACUUGCCCGAGAUAAGGGUGGGAUAUUCAGUACUUGCAUGAGAUCUGAGGCCAUGACGUCGAUCCCACCCACCAUGCAAUUCAGCAACCUCAAAUAGAAAGUUUCAAAGUCGAAGGAUGGUGGACUAAUCCUAAUAAAGUUUCAAUCUUCCAUCUGCUCUUUCCCUUUAUUGGGCGUUUUGCAUUAUCCCUAGUUCUUGGUGUUCCCCACACAAGAGCACCUGAGCUGGCUGGCUACCUAGGCAAGCGCAGUUUAUCAUAAACUUUACCAUCAACUUCAGCGCCCACGCAGCUGCCAUGAGGGGGCAAGUGGGUUAGGGGUUGACUGUUGGGUAUAUGAAUUGCAUAUGAAUCUGUGUCACCCAAAACUCUCAUAUUCUACUCUCACAUCCAACAUUCGAAAACUAAUACCCCUAAAGUUAUCUAUAUGUCUUUAUAUAUUCACUUACCUCACAUAUAGCUGAAUACCUAGGUACAUACCUACCUGUAUAUUUAGUACGCCUUUCUCCAGAUUAGACUCACGAUGCCUACCCCUCCAUGGGUCCGUGACGAAGAGGCCGCAGAGGCGGCGGAAGAGGAGAGACGGACCUUGCUACAAGAAGGCGAAGUGAAGGCGCGGAAAGUCUUUUCCGGUUUCGUUGAUUUCGCCUUCUCCGGCAACAUUCUCGAAAUCGCCUUUGGCUUGAUUCUAGCAACAGCAUUUACGGCUGUUACCACCUCCCUCGUGAGCGAUAUCCUUCUCCCACCACUCUCGGUAAUCCUCCCUUUGCGAAGGAACAUGAACGAAAAGUUCGCGGUAUUGAGGCCCGGACCGAACUACAACAACGAGCACGGCUACAACACCUUAAAGCAAGCGCAGAGUGACGGGGCUAUCAUUCUGGCUUACGGUGUAUUCAUCAAUCGCGUCAUCAACUUCUUAGGCGUUGGCCUUGCGCUUUACGGCAUAGCAAGUCUAUACCAGGCCGUGUCGCACGAUCCCAUCAUCAAGCACACUGUAAAAUGUCGAUACUGUAAAAAACGUGUUAGCGAGAAGGCAAUCCGGUGCGUAAAUUGCACUAGCUGGCUUGACGGGCGAGAAGAGCGAAUGCAUUGAAUGAUGGGCCACGGGCCACUAGGUAAUUCGGCUAGCACUGGGUCGAAUAUCAAGAUUACUGAAAAAACGUCAGUGUUUUUAGAUUGAUCAUUCCGGCCGGUUGGGACAUUGGUCCAGUAACUAGUAUCAGCGUGAUAGAAGAGCUAAAGACAUGGUGGAUAUACCCGGUAGGUCCUGGCCGCGUUCCCAAAACUAGGAGUCCGGUGGUGACCUCAGAAUGUCUUGAAUCUGGAUCGGACAAACCCAUAGCCAAUGCGAUUUGUAAAUAAUGGAACAUCGAUCACUGACUAUCCUCAAACUCGGUAAAUCGGUACGCUGGCACGUCAUGGUGUUUGAAGUUGUGCAGUAUCUACAUAACAUACGUAUUGUAAAUGCGUAGGCAGAUUGAAAAGAGAGAAACGAAAUGGAUCAGAUAAAAGUUGAUAUUUUUAGGGACAUGUACCUCAGUACCCAAUCAAUUCGUUGACCUUGA